CUGUGCAUGCGCAGUGAAUUCAAGCGAAACAACUCGGAACUUUUACCGCCAAGUGUUUUCUUCAAGUGCCUUUUAUUGCUUUUCCUAUAAAUUAAGAAAUGUUUAAGUGUACAAAAGAUAUGGAAAACAUAACUUUAAGUCCUACUAUGACUGCCAAAUUGAAAAGCAAAAAUGCUGCUAAAAAGAUCAAGGAAGGAUCGCCAAAGUUUCAAGAAGUCUUCAGAGAGAGAUGUCGACAAAGAAUGCGCGAGAAACGAAGACAAUUAUUUAACAACGGUAGAUUUGGUUUGGAAACAAGUUUGGAAGAAGUUCAAGAUACGUUAUCCGAAAUUGUGCGUAAAGAGUUGAACGAUCUCGUUACCACGGAUUUAGAUCCAACUCUGAAUCCUUUUUCUCCUAUAACCAGUGAACCACUUAAUACUGAAGAAGCAAUGGAGCUUGAAACUGAAAUACUUAAUGAAGAAGAACAAUGGAUAUUGGAAGAGUAUGAAAAAAUGUCACAGGAAGAAAUGGAGUCAUUAGCAUUAAUUGCAGAUACAGAAGGUGAUGAAGUCAUUUGUCCUAUAUGUCAGACAUCUAAUCUCAUUCAAAAAGAAAAUCAUAUAACUUGUACAUCCUGUGACUUCAUAUUGAAUGGUAUUAUCACCUUAAAAGAUCUAGGAUAUCUUAUAAAGAAAACAGCAAAUACUCAUUCUGAGAUAUGUAGAGAACCACCUGGUUUUCUAUCAGUUCCUGAAAAUAACACAUGUUUAUACUUAGUUUGUAACAAGUGUUCAACUUGGCUAUCAAUAGUAUAAAUUUGUAUAUUUCUUAAUUAUGAUAUUAACUUUCAGCCUUAAAAAUAAGCUAAUUUAUUUGUUUUUGUACAAUUAAUUGAAGUAAAUUAUUAUUAGUUUUUUAAUUGACUAGUUAUAUAAAUUUAAAUGAAUUUCAUAAUGGGCAUCACAUUGAUAUCCAUUAGGAUAAUACAAAAGAUUGUAAAUAUGAUCAUAUUUCCUUUUCUUAAGUCAAAUAUAAAAGUAACAAAAAAUUAUAAAUACGAAAUAAUAUAGGAAAGAGAAAAAAAAUGGAAUUAAAAUUUUUUUUAUGGAAGUAAACAUUUAACAGUACAUGAAUGUUUAUGUGAUUAUAUGAUACAUAUUGUACAAAAACAACAUCCCAUCAUUGAUUCUUUAUAUUUUUUAUGACUUAUGAGUACACAAUGUAAAUUUCAAAUAAAAGACGUCUGUAUAUUGUAAAAAUCAAAUUAAGUAAAUUUUAUGUUUUGUGAUCAUUGAAAGAAGCAGGUUAAGCUUUUGAAAGACUAUACAUCACUCACACUACAUAACAUUCUGUUAUAUACAAUUAAUAUUUAAUGACAAUAAUAACAUUACAAUAUGCAGAAGUCUUUCAUGGCUUAAGCUAAUAUUUAAAUUUUAUAAAUGAUUUGUACAUUAUCACAUGAAAUUUCGCAAUAAAAACUUCACAUUUCAUAACAUUAUUAGUAUAUUAUGUAUACUUAUAAUUUCUGAGCAACCCAUUUUUCAUCUCGUACGUAGUUCAAUUAUAUGCAAAUAUAAAUUCUUCAUUCUACUAUGCAAGUAUCAACAACUAUGUAUUCAAUAUAGUGUACAUACACGGUCGGUAUUGAUAAAAAUGUAUAAUCUUCAAUUGGUAAAUUUAAUUGCACCUAUAAUAGUAAAAGGCAUAAUUUCAUAGAUUUUAAACUUCUCAUUCCAGUCUUUCAUAAUAGAAUUUUAUGAUACCGAUUUCACCUAGGUACUCCUACAUGUAUUUCCCCGAGGUGUAAAAAGGUUUAUAUAACUUAGCGCUAAUUUUUCGUUAACAAUUCUUUAUUCAUUCAUUUUCCAAAACUAAACGAUUAAAAAAAAAUUACUUGUAUUUCAAUUAUCAUAAAAAUAUAUCGAUAACACACAACGUAUGUGUCCACAAUAUAUUUUUAUCUUAAAGAUAGAAAGAAAUGUUAUCUACGAAAAAAAAAAGAAUAAUUUUAAUAACAUUAAUUCCAUUUUCUUAUAGAGCAACAUAUAAAACGUUGAUCUUUUAGUAGUACUGCCAAAAAUAUGGUACUAAGUUGAAAACAAGCAUAGUAAAAAUAUAAUGGAAUGGUUUGCUCUAUAUAUUUUUCAUCAUUGUUUCCUUAAACAUUACCAAAAUAUAUAGGCAAGUAUUAUAACGAGUUAAAUGAGUCAACGAAAACACAAUUUAUCAUAAAAAUGUUAUCGCAAUCCGAACAUGAAAUAUAAUUUUUCUUAGCGCUGGAUGAAAGUAAAUACGUGAUGCGACAUAAUUACCUAAUAAAUAUAAAUGUACCUUUGCUUUGUUAAUAUCUGAUACAAACAUAACUGCGAUAACAGAGACAUAAAAAAAAAACA